GUUUCCCCAGAUUUUCAAAACCCAUCUCCGUUUUCAUCUUUGGAUCAAACCCUUUUCGUCUCUCUCUCUCUCUCUGAUUCAGCACAAUGCUGUUACUUUGAACCCGCCACAAGUAGCGACAAAAACCGUUUUUUGAUUCAGAAGUUCAAAUCCCGUUUCGUUUUCCCAAAAUGGGUUCGUCGCCGUCAACGCCGCACGAUUUCUCGCCGGUCACGGCGGAGUAUCUCGUCGGAAGCUUCGUCGGCGGCGAGUCCUUCCCCCUCUCUUCUGAGUUCUGGCAGAAGCUUCUUGAGCUUCCUUUCAAUGUUGAAUGGCCCUCUCAUCGUGUUCAUGAAGCUUGCGAGCUUUUAGCAAAAAACAACUGUAAAACAAGGCAUCUUGCCAAGAUUUUGUUCCAUCUAGCAUGCUACUUGCAAGAGUCCAUGUCUACUUGUGGUGUGCAGCCCUUGGUUUAUGAAAAGGCUGUUAAUGCAGUUCACAUCACUUCGGUAUUCCUAAAACACUUGAUUGAAAGUGCUCAAGGUGAUGAUAUCGAGUUGUACUUGUCUCUCCAUGAUAAUGAAUCGAUACCGAUGGAUAUUUUGGGAGAUCAGACCAUUGAAAAUCUUGUUAUGCGGAAUGUGCUUAACUUUAUAGCAUCUGUAGAUGUGAGACCCAGCACAUAUUUCCUACAUCUGGAGCUGCUUAAUUUUAUGAUUAUUGCAAUGUCAACUCAGCUUCUUUGCGAACCGUCUCCUGGACCAAAUGAUGUGAACCCAUUUCUUGAUGCAGCGAUGGCUCAGGAUGGCUCUCUGGUUAGUUCAGUUGUAUUCAAACUGCUGCUGAAUUACAUUACCCUUCCUGGUGUUCCAUUUAAUAGUGCAUCAUAUUCCUCAUUUCAUGACAGAAGUCAGCAUAGUGUGCUAAAGAGAGUUGGUUCUGCAGCUGCAAAUAUUGUUUUAUUGCCAUUCAGCUAUUUGACCAGUUCAAGCAGCGAGGGAUCAAGGAGUCCUAUAGCAGAUAGCAGUCUUCAUGUGCUUCUUGUUCUCAUUCAUUAUCAUAAAUGUGUUGUGAGUGAGGGCUACUCUGCCAUUGAGAAUCACAAAUCUGCAUCUUCAGAUUCUUUACUCAAAGAGAACACGUAUUUUUCUGACAACCCUUACUGCAAGGCCUUAGAGCAUGCAAAUGAUUCUGAAUUGGAUCGUGUAGAUUUAGAGGGUAAUGCACACAGUGAUCGACAUAUAAAGUUGCCUUUUGCUUCGUUGUUUGAUACGCUUGCCACCUGCUUAGCUGAUGAGACCACUGUCCUACUGCUUUACUCAUUGUUGCAAGGGAAUUCCACCUUUCUGGAGUAUGUUUUGGUGCGAACUGAUCUGGAUACAUUGUUAAUGCCCAUUCUAGAAACAUUAUAUGAUGCUCAAAGGAAGACAGCUAAUCAAAUUUACAUGUUGCUGAUUAUACUUCUCAUACUUAGUCAAGAUUCUACUUUCAAUGCAAGCAUUCAUAAGCUGAUAUUGCCAGCUGUUCCAUGGUACAAAGAGCGUCUCCUCCAUCAGGCUUCUCUUGGUUCCCUCGUGAUCAUCAUUCUUAUCAGAACUGUACAGUAUAAUUUGUCAAAACUACGGGAUGUUUAUCUUCAUACAACAUGUCUGGCAACUUUGGCAAACAUGGCACCUCAUGUUCACCGUUUGAGUGCAUAUGCAGCUCAGAGACUAGUUAGCCUCUUUUACAUGUUAUCACGGAAGUAUAACAAAUUAGCAGAUCUCAGAGAUAAUAAGCUCGAUAUUGCAAAAGGCAACUCAAUUGAAGGAAGUAGCCUCAGAGAAGAUGUGUCAGCAGAGUUGCACAUUUAUACUGACUUCUUGAGGCUUGUACUAGAAAUUAUAAAUGCUAUCCUGACUUAUGCAUUGCCUCGAAAUCCUGAGGUAGUGUAUGCAAUAAUGCACAAGCAGGAAGUCUUUCAGCCUUUCAAGAAUCAUCCACGCUUCAAUGAGCUGGUUGAAAAUAUUUAUACUGUGUUAGAUUUUUUUAAUAGUCGCAUGGAUGCCCAAAGAAUAGAUGGUGACUGGUCAGUUGAUGAAGUGCUCCAAGUGAUUAUUGUCAACUGUCGAUCUUGGCGUGUUGAGGGGAUGAAGAUGUUUACUCAACUGCGCUUCACAUAUGAACAAGAGAGUCACCCUGAGGAGUUUUUUAUCCCGUAUGUCUGGCAGCUAGUACUAUCCAGAUGUGGAUUCAAAUUCAAAGCAGAAGCUAUAAAUUUGUUUCGAGCUGAUUUACCUGCAGAAAGACUUGAAAAUGGGGUGGUGGGAAAUACACUCCAAAAUGGUGACUUUGACAGGCCUGAGUAAUCAGCUUGACCUGACCCAUAGCCGGGUGAAUACAGAACGUGCCUACCACGGACUCAGGUUGUGUUGGUGAAUAUUUGUACAUAUGAAACGGUUGCAAAGAUGUGAUGUUCACAUUCUUUUCUGUUCAUAAAUUUUUUAUUCUCGAAUAUGAAAAAUGUGUUGAGAUAUCUGUGUAAUCAAUAAACGAUGAUGCUAACGUCCA